GGCCGUAAAUGACGGCCGAUUUCAGUUUCGGGAGUAAUACCACUAAAUACUAAUAAGUUGUUGUUGUUUGUUUGCUAUUUUAAUAUAAGUGAGUUUUGAUUGUUUUGUGGCGGCUACGCACGGACGAUAAUUCUUAAAGCACACGACACGCAGCUGUACGCGCUCGCAUCUACACGCACGCAUACAUACUUACGUGUGUGCACAACAACCGAGUUGAGGGCUGUGCUCGGCAAAUUAGCUAAUCAGUGCGGUUUGGCAGUGAUUGUCACAGUCUGACAGUCUACCAAUUUGGCAGAGCUUUACGACGGUGUUUUGUUUUUGGUGCGCUAAGAGAACGAGACACAUACAUACAAGCACGAAAAUGGCGACCUAUAUGAAAAUUUUCAAUGAACGCAUAUCCGGUCUCUCGAAGGGUGUUGAUGAAACGGUGGAUAGCUGGUUUCUUAUGAGCUCACCUGGACCGGUAGUUUCAAUUGUUGGACUCUAUUUGCUCUUUGUGCUCAAAAUCGGACCCGCAUAUAUGCGUGAUCGUAAGCCAUAUGAUCUUAAGAAAGUCAUGGUCAUCUACAAUGCAUUCCAGGUGUGCUACUCUAUGUGGAUGUGCCGCAUGUCAAUCAGAGAAAGUAACGUCAUCGCCUCGAUCCUUUCGAAAAAAUGUGAGAUCGUACGUAAUCGUGAACAGAAUUUGAUGCUAUACUCCGGCGCCUGGUACUAUUUCUUCUCGAAGAUCAUCGAUUUGCUGGACACUACAUUCUUUGUGCUGCGUAAGAAGCAAAAUCAGGUUUCAUUCCUGCAUGUUUAUCAUCACACCAUCACCGCACUCUUCUCUUGGGGUUACCUUAAGUACGCGCCUGGUGAACAAGGUGUCAUCAUUGGCAUACUCAAUUCCGGUGUACACAUAAUUAUGUACUUCUAUUAUAUGGUUGCUGCCAUGGGUCCACAAUAUCAGAAAUACCUCUGGUGGAAGAAGUACAUGACCACCAUUCAGCUCAUCCAAUUCGUGCUCAUUUUGGGCUACAUGAUCAUAGUUGCUGCCAAGGGCUGCAAUAUGCCACGCGCGUUGACAUUCAUAUUUCUCGCCAACACGAUCAUCUUCUUGUAUCUGUUCGGAAAAUUCUACCGCAAGACAUACAACACACGAAAGGCGGCAGCAGCAGCAGCCGCAGCGAAUGGCCAUGCAAAUGGUCACGCAAAUGGUCAUGCAAAUGGCUAUGCUAAGGGUCUUACGAACGGUUCGAUCACUGGGCGCGCACUACUCGCCGCUGCCGGCGGUAUGGGUUGCAAGCCGACGACGAACUCACUGCUGGCACAUGGCGAUCAGAUGAAGCAUUUGAUCGAUGUGAAUAAUAAUCACAUAAAGUUGAUGAAGAGUGAAUAAGUGUGGUGAAAAGUGGGUAGGUGGUAGUUGAAAGCGAAGUACAAGGGUGUAGGGGCUAUUUGAGCACGGGUAGGGUUAUGCAUACAUACUUACAUACAUUGGUGAUGAUCAAUGCGAUCUUAAACGGAUGAUCAAGUGCAGUUUGAAGUUUGAAAUUUUUAAACUAUUUUUUGAAUUUUUAUUUCAUAAUUAUCGAAGUGAAAUUCGCUCGAAAAAAACAAUUUAAUUCGCGCCAGCUAAUUUCGAAAAUCAGUAAAAAAUUUAAAUUUCUAAUUAACUGUUUUCUAAAUAUAAUGAAUCGCGACUCUAAUCUGCAGUGAAAACAAUUGGUCUUAUAAAUUUUGCUAAAACUUUCGAUUUCUCCAUAAUUUUUGUCUUAUAAAAAAUUGAAAAAAAAAAUUCCCAUUGUUGCCAAAGCGCAAUAAUAAUUAUUUUGUCACUACAAAAUAUAUAUGCACCACAUGCUACAGUAUAAAAAACACACAUUUCAAUAGCGUUAAGUAGAAAUAUUUUUAAAACAUAUUUUAUUUUUAAAGCAUAUUGUGAGAGCUUUUUUAUUGGGGGUUUCUUUAGUAGUUAGUAAUUACAAACUGUCUUACAUACUUAACUAGCAAUAUUGAAAAGUUCUGUAUUAGUCAAGAAAAUGUUGAAAAAAUUGAAAAUAUAAAACCAAAAGAAUGAACAAUGAAGACAGCAGUAAAAAUGGGCUUGUCGCUUCUUCUGUGAUUGUGUGCGUCUGUGCGUGAAUGGGCUUAUGUGUAAAUAUAUAUAUUAAAGAAAUAUGUAAUAAUGGAGUUGUACGUAAAGUAUGGAGUUUCCGUAACCAAAAACAAAAAUAAUAAAUAAAUUAGUACUAUUAUGAAGCUAUUACCAAAUUUUUCUUUGCUUACUGCAGUUUCAAGCAAUUCCAUCACAUUAUAUAUUCAGGUUUGUGUGUGCGUGUGCGAUGUCUAGAAAGCGGCGAGCCCAUUUACUUAUAUACCUUAUAUGCGAACUAUCUAGUUUAGUUAAGUUUAGUUUUUUUAUAAUAAAUAUGUAUAAAUUCAUAUAUUUUAAACAUUGCUGAAUAUUUGUAUGCCUAUUUGUAAUUUACCAAUUUUGUUCUGAACAGAA